GACGGCUCGUGCCUCCACACCGCAUGCGUGAGUGUGUGUGUAGAUGGAUGGAUCAUUUCUCUCCCACACCACACCGAAAACACUGCAGCAUCCACGCGAUUCUCCUCCACAGAUCGACGACAACACGACCAGAUCCAUCCUCAUCCCGCUCUGUCAGUCGGUAUCCCAGGAUUCAUGUCGGUAUCCCAGGGUUCAUGUCAGUGUAUCGGAUCGCGGAUGCUCACUGAGAUGCUGCAGCUCUGGCUCUCUUUAGCGUGAGCGUCUGCGUCGUCCCACACACACCGUCGCCAUGACGACCUCGGCCCUGCGCCGGCAGGUGAAGAACAUCGUGCACAACUACUCGGAUGCGGAGAUCAAGGUGCGGGAGGCGACCUCCAACGACCCCUGGGGCCCGUCCAGCUCGCUGAUGUCGGAGAUCGCGGAGCUGACCUUCAGCGUCGGGGCCUUCAGCGAGGUCAUGGCCAUGGUGUGGAAGCGCCUCAACGACCACGGCAAGAACUGGAGACACGUCUACAAGGCUCUGACGCUGCUGGACUAUCUGGCCAAGACGGGUUCGGAGCGGGUCGCCCAGCAGUGCCGCGAGAACGCCUUCACCAUCCAGACGCUGCGCGACUUCCAGUACGUGGACCGGGACGGCCGGGACCAGGGCGUGAACGUGCGCGAGAAGGCCAAGCAUCUGGUGGCUCUGCUGCGGGACGAGGAGCGUCUGAGGCAGGAGAGGGCGCAGGCGCUGAAGACCAAAGAGAGGAUGGCGGGCGGGGGGGCGGCUCCUCCCGCGUGUCCCAGCCGGCGCAGCAGUCAGCCUAGCAUGGCCGCGCUGUACGGCGAGGAGUUUAGCCACUCCAGGGGAUCCCCGUCCUCUUUCAACUCGUCGUCCUCGUCUCCCCGAGCCUCUGAUCUGGAACAGACUCGACCGCAGACCAGCGGAGAAGAAGAGCUACAACUGCAGCUCGCCCUGGCCAUGAGCAGAGAGGAGCAGCGCGGUCGCCAUGGAGACGACCCUCAGCCUCGUCUGCAGAAGGUCGUGCAGGAGGGCGAGAGACAGUCAGAGUCGGCCAUCAUCGAUCUGGUGGAUGUGUUCGGUCCCGCGCCGCUGGGCGACGACCCCUGGGACGCCCCGCCCACCUGCUCCGUGACCUCUGACCCCUGGGACUCUGUCGUGAAGUCCAAUAACCCGGUGGUUGGUAGUCCCUGGAAGGCCCGCCCUCCCUCCAGUAGCCCCGCCCACCCCUGGGGAACCAACCAAUCACCUCCUGACCCCUGGGAUGCCCCGCCUUCAAACUCCACCACUAAUAUGGAUGGAAAAGUCUGGAGGAGCCCAGCGCGCACAGUCCCGAGCGGGAAGGACCCGUUUUCCAUUCCAGAGGAGGAGGAGCUUACAGUGGAGGGGGAGGGGCCUAUUGUGGAAGGGGCGGGGCCUAUCCAAGUGUUCAGCCCUCGCUGUGAGAGUCCCGCAGAUGCCGAUCAGUUCGGCGAGUUGGUGGGGGGCGUUCAAGUGAACGGGUGGGGAAGUGACAGUCCGGAGACCUUUGACCUCUCUCGUCUCGGGCCUCCCAUCGACGCGGUGACCCAGAGACAGUGCCGGACCCCUGAGGCGUUCCUCGGACCCACCGCCGCCUCCCUCGUCAACCUGGACACACUGAUCCCAGCCAACCCACCGGCCAAGAGCAAAAACCCCUUUCUGUCAGGUCUGAGCUCGCCGUCUCCCACAAACCCUUUCCACUGUGAUCCGCCGAGACUGACCCUGAAUCAGAUGCGUCCUCACUCCACCUCUCCGCUGCCGGCUCCCGCUCUACCCUACAGCGCUUCUCUUCCUCAACCCCUCCUGCAGCAGAAGCCCCAGACUCUGCCCUCGUCCCACACACAGCCGCCCCACGGCCUGCUGGAUCUGCCCAGCAACCUCCCGCUGCCCCUGCUGCCACUCACACCCUGCAGCCGACACACACCUCCGCAGGGCCACAACCCCUUCCUCUGAGGACC